UAAAAAAAUCGAAAUUAAGGGGCGGCAUACUGUAUGGAUAAAUGAUACAGUAAUGGUAAAGAAAGUCAAGCCUACCCAGUCUUUUUUAGCCCAGGACAGCCGAAAUAAAAAACCUCCAGAUAAUAAGAUCACAACAAAAAUGAUGACAGACACCAGCCAGUGACAUUAUUUCGUCUGUGCCUGAGAGUCAUUACUGGUAGAGCUGCUAACACCACGGAGCUGAGCCCAACACCCUUAAAGAUGACAACACCUAAUGUUAUGUUGACUGUACUGCCGCUUACAACGCUCUGCCAUCAAAGAAUAGUGGCGCUUAUAUCGAAAUCAGACGAGGAGGAGUCCAAACAAGAACAUAUAAACUUUGAAGUCACAAGGUGUAGUACAGAAGAAAGUAAUUAUUUUAUUCCCACGUGUUCUUCGAAAAAUUUAACACAACCUACUGAAAUAAGAAAACAAAUUAAGUCAUUAUUCUCCUUAUGUGUUGAAUUAAUACAACAGAAACAACAUGAAAUGUAUCAAGUCAAAAUUUCAACACCAAAGUCAUUAAAAUCAUAUGCUUUUGAGCAAGUAAAACAUUUGGUGCAAAGAGAUUUAAUGGUUCCCUUAUCUGACACGAAUCAAUAUAAUUUAGAUAAACAUAUUGACGGAAUUAUGAUCGAGGGCUUAACAAUAAAUAGUGUGAAUACAUUGUCAGAAGAAGCUUUCUUAAAUCUUGAACAAUCUCAUAUGGAAAACCAAAAUAGUCCGGAUUAUUUAGACGAAUUUGAUAAUGAAGACAAUUAUGAGCCAGAUUUCAAUGAACCUGAUGAACAUGAUGAAGUUGAAAAUGAGACCAAUUGGGUAUCUCAAUUACAAAUGCAAGAGCUUAGGUCAUGUGUUAUUAAUACCAAUUCUGACGCUGUUGAAGAGGAUCCUAUAUCAGGUGUUGCCCAUAUUAAAAUUGAACCACUGGAUGAUUUGCCUGAAAAUGCAGAGGUGCAUGUGAAACUUGAACCAUGCCCUGCACCUGAUGAAAUGACAAUUAUACCAAAUGUAAAACCUGAAGGUGUAGAACAUAUUGAUGCUGAACCAAUACUGAGAAGGAGUAACAGUAACAGUUACGAUGUCGAUGCUUUUGAAUCCUUUGUUAACACUAACAAGCUAAUGUAUGGAUUACAUGAGGGAGACAUAUUCACCCAAAGCGGACAGAGAAUACGCAGACAACAUGAGCCCGAUUACGAAGAGGAUGACAUGAGUAUGAGUCUACUAGUACCGCAGACAUACGAACCGUUGUCUAUAGAAACUGCUAAAGGGAGUUUAAUGGAAAGUAGUUCAGAUGAAGAUAGUUCUAGAAAUAAAAAGGCUGCUGGGAAAAAGAAACCUGAUAAACGUAGUAAAGGCAAGCAGAACAAAGUUGAUCCCAAGACUAACAAAGAAACGACGAAGGAAAAGCCGAAUAAUGAAGUUGCAAACUUAACAAGAAGAAUGAAAGAUAGAAUAAGACAAGAAGAGAAAAAAGAUGAUUCUACAGAUUCAGAAACUGAAAACUUGCCUCUGCGAUUAAGAAGAAAAAAGGAACAAGAGAGGUCAAAAUCAGAAAAGACUAGUAGUAAAGCUACAGAAAGUGAAAUACAGUGCAAUAAUGUUGAUUCGACAGAUCAAGUGGGGGAUGACGUAGGAACGUUCACUGGUUUUACAGCUAUAGAUCAAAACGAGAUGUCUACUUAUCAGAAAUACAUGAAAUAUGUUUAUGAUAAGAUUAUUCCAGAAAACGAACAUGAAAUAAGGAAGGCAGAUAAAGAAAAAAACAUUCCAGAAGGUCCCCUCAUUUCUGAUGAGCCCGUAGAGUUACUGGAAUGUGAACCUACUAUGCCUAUAUUUGAUAAUAUUGAAAACGAAGACCAACCCUUGUCAAAAAGAAAAUCAAAGGUCACAUCGAAAAAAGACGAAACUUCGACUAAAGAAGAAAAAGUUUUAAAACCUACAUUUAUAGACCGCCACGGUUGGCAUUGCUAUCCUCUUAACACAGAAGAUUUAAAACUGUAUCAAAACUCGUGCGUGGCUUUGGAAAAGUUGCCUGAAUCAUUUGUCCAGACUUACUUCGAAUACCAAGGCAUUACUACCAAAAAUCAUCGAGACCAGGAGAUUGACAGGUUGACAAACUUGAGCUCUCUGAACCGAUCAGUUAAUUUAGGUAAAUGUAAAGCAAAGUCCAAGCGGGAUGGUCUAGGCGAGCGCUCCUCGGAAGUGGGCAGCCGUUCCAACAGCCCCGCGCACUCAGACCGUUGCAACGAGCUGGAGGCUUCGGAAGAUGAAGGAGCGAACAUCGAUGAUGAGGUCGCUCCACCUGUUGCCCCAAGGAAUUCCGAAAAUACUUUAGCCAAAAAUCUGCUAAUGGACGACAAUGACAGCGAUUCCGAUGCUCCUAUCAAAGUGAAACAGGAGGUUUCCGACGAGGCUCAAGGUCCCAAGUUUAAAAGUGCCAGGUCUAAGAAGAAGGAAGCUGCCGCUGUACCGGAAAGUGGAGACUUGAUGUUGACUGCCGAUAAGAUGAUGAAUAAGGAGCUAUCGUUGUUGCAUGCGCCGGUAGUGGUGGAGGAUGUUAACGAAACUCCUUCUAAAGGACCCGUGACGAGGAAUAAACAGAAAAGUGCGUCAAAAAAUCCACCAUCGACAAGCAAAAUUAAGAAUGAAGAAGAUUCAUCUUCUGAAGAAGAGAAGCAAUGGGUUAGCACUAAAGAGAAGCUUCUUAAAAGGAUGGGCAAGAAGGACCAAUCUAGUUUGGACGACGCCAAACGCGCAAAGCUAGUAAGCGAAUUCAUAGAGAGACGCGGCGGACUCCCAGACUCGCACAUACGCAGUCGCAGCACCCGCCCUCGAAGAUCUGCCAAGAAGUUCCUUGAGAGGCAGAAACAACUUGGAAUAUUAUCAAGGGAACUCUUUGGUGAAUCGUCAGACUCAAUGUAUAUGUUAAAAAGGUCUCAAGCGCAAGGAAGUUUAUAUAAAGGACGACGUAAUAUUAGGAAGGUUAUCGAUAAAAAGUCUCUAGCGCGCAGCACUGUUGUAGCGAACAUGGAAGAAUUUGAGAGAAAACGAAGACUGAAUGCUAAGCAAACCAGGCUGAGGGAGCUACUGGGCUGCGAGGAAGGCGUGAACGUUCUAGUCAUUAACGACGAAGUGUGCCUCGAGUAUGACUUCGAGGAGAACCGACCCGUCGUCACCGUUCACCCCUUCUUCACUAAGGUCAUGAAGGCCCAUCAGUACGAAGGUGUAAAGUUCAUGUGGGACGCUUGCUUCGAGAGCCUCGCGGAGAUCGAGGCGGGGCGGCCCGGCGGCGGCUGUAUACUCGCGCACUGCAUGGGACUCGGCAAAACUCUGCAAGUACUAGCGCUGCUGCAUACGGUACUGACACACCCUGGCGUGAACAUGCAACGGGUCCUCGUAUGCUGUCCCUUGUCGACGGUGCUGAACUGGGUCGACGAGAUACAUAAGUGGAUCGGACCUGUCACCAACGAAAUCAAGGUAUUCGAACUAUCGAAACUAAAGAAAACAUACGAGCGUGCUUACCAACUCGAAGACUGGUACAACGGCGGUGGCAUAUUCAUCAUAGGAUACGAACUCUUCAGAAGUCUGACCACCUUAGACCCGUACCUUGAUGACGUUCGCCCGACAAUCGUCAACAAAAUAAGAACAGCUUUGUUAGACCCCGGUCCAGAUAUAGUGGUCUGUGAUGAAGGACAUUUACUCAAAAAUGAUUGUUCGGUACUCGCCGUAGCUAUGAGCAGGGUGGUCACGAAACGAAGGAUCAUCCUCACUGGAACACCUAUGCAGAACAAUUUGAGAGAGUAUUAUUGCAUGGUCAACUUCGUCAAGCCGAAUUUGUUGGGGACUUACUCGGAAUAUUCUAAUCGGUUCGAAAAUCCAAUAAUGAACGGUCAGCACAGAGACUCGCGAGAAGAAGAUAUAAAGCUUAUGAAAGCUCGUACACAUAUCUUGCACAAAGUAUUAGAAGGUUGUCUUCAAAGGCAGGAGGCUUCAGUAUUAUACCCUUACUUGCCGAAAAAGCACGAGUACACAGUAUUCAUAAGUUUAACGCCAUGCCAGUGGGACUUGUACAAACAUUACUUGCGCACCUACGGCAAGCAGUCUAAACAGAGCAUAUUGAAAGACUUCCAUAUACUGCAGAAGAUAUGGUCGCACCCUCAAGUGCUGCAUAACUUUCAUACGAAGACAAGAGAUCGCGAUGAGAAGGCUAAAUUGAAAGCGGAGAAGAUAGAAGACGACCUUGCGAAUGAAGACCUGGAGGAGAUAAAGCCAAAUGUUGCCGAAGACCUGUGGUGGCUGGAGUACAUGGACGGCGGCAAGAUGCUGGAGACGCUCGACAGCUCCAACAAGUUCGUCGUCGUCUUCCGGAUAUUAGACGAGUGUAUCGCUCUGGGGGAUAAAGUGCUAAUAUUCUCCACAUCGCUGUUCUGCCUGGACGCUUUAGAAUACUUCCUGAAGAAGAUAAAGAAUUGGUCGCUAGGCAACGAGUACUUCAGACUGGAUGGCUCCGUGCCCGCCGAGGUGCGACAGAAGUGGUGCCGCGAGUUCAAUGCAGACAACAACUAUAAGACCAAACUAUUCCUCGUAUCAACCCGCGCAGGUUGCCUAGGCCUGAACAUGACGGCGUCCAACCGUGUCAUCAUAAUGGACACGUCUUGGAACCCCGCGCACGACAUACAGAGCAUCUUCCGAGUCUACCGCUUCGGGCAGAAGAAGGACUGCUAUAUAUACCGACUUGUUGCUAUGGGUACAAUGGAGCAGAAGAUCUACGAGCGUUCAGUGACAAAACAAGCGGUUGCUUGCCGAGUCGUGGACGAACAGCAGAUCGACCGACACUACAAUAUGGCUGAGCUCACCGAGUUGUACAAAUUCGACGAGGGCGGGUCUACGGUGGCGGGCGGCGUGGCGGCGGGCGUGCGCGACGUGGCGCUGCUGCGCGUGGCGCGGCACGCGGCGCUGCACGCCGUGCACGAGCACGACUCGCUGCUGCGCGGCUCGGCCGAGCAGGGCCUGCCCGAGCACGAGCGCAACGCCGCCUGGAUGCAGUUCCAGCAGGAGCACGCCACCAAGCAAUACGAAAACAAACUCAUUACGGACAUCCCUAGCGUUGCGGUCAAGCGAGGGAGUGGGGAAUUGCAACAGACACCUCCCGGCGUUGAAGUCAAAACAGAAGACACCAGCCCCGACUACAACCCUAACGAACCCAAACCUAAGAAGGGGAAGAAGACCACCAUCGUCAAAUGCCACAUACCGAUAAAAGACGUCAAAAAAGAAACGCGAGGAAGACCGAAAAAGAGCGCAGACCCUGCUACACCCAGCACCAGUGCACAAGACACUGAGAAACCGAAUUUAGAUGAGCAGCAAGAAGAAGUAUUGGUGGAAAAAAUAACAGAUAUACUUCUCAAAUAUAACUUCCAAGGUAAAAGAACAAAGACUGAUAUAUCAACACUAGUCGCGAAAGUGAGUAGUAUUGUGCAGCGAGGAUAUGUGGACGAAGCGGACAUGAGUGACGACCUAACCUCCAGCAUAGCGCGGGUGUUGCUGCCGCAGCAAGUAGCAGUCGGCGCGGCCACCGACCUCGUGUGCGAGUCCUUCAACAACUCACUCGCCACCAGCUUGUCGCACCGCGACCCUCCCGGACCCAGGACUAAGAGGAAAGCUGCCAUAGCCGCCGGAAAAUGUAUAGAUUCUAUUGCACAAGACGUCGUCAUCAACUUAGCCGAUGACGAUAAUGAUGACAGAGAUUCGGACUUCGAGCCAAUCGUAGCCACCACGAGUAAAGGGAAAAAUAAGUCAAAAAACUCAAGUGCGUCAACAACUUUCGAUGUCGACGAAAGUACUUUAAGUGCUGACGAGUCACAUUUUAGUCCAGCCAAGGAAGUUGUUGAUAAUGUAAAUAAUUUUAAUAGUUUGUUUAAAAAUACACUUAAAGAUAAGCCUGAAGAUAAAAUCACAACUACACUUGAGCCUCGCCGUAUAAAACCGAAGGAUAGGAAAAUCAAAAUUUAUAAAAAAGCAGAAAAAAAGCUAGAGGAACCUAAGGUCAGUGAAACGGGACCAGUAGCGAAAGAACUUGCGAGAGAUGACCCGAGUAUUGUACUGAGUGACGACGACGAACCGAUACCUAGGCUUAACACUACAAAGAAAUCCGUAGAUAUAGAAAAGCCUGUCGAAAAGCCAGUUGAUCCCGUGGUGGAUGACGAAGUAGUUCCUUUACCGAUGUCGUUGCUGAAGAACCAGAACUUUAUCAACAUAGUGGCGCAUACAUACCUGGUGGGUAACCCCAUGCUGGAUGAAGACGCGGCCACCCUCGCGGCGCAGUACAGCACGCUGAAGACGUUCAAUGAGGCACAGCAGACCGGCAAGGACGUGUGCAGCGGACCCAUCUAUGAUAUAGCUGUCAAGGUAAUAGGCAAAGAUGUAUUAAAAAAGAUGCACAGCGUUAACCCGAAAGCGGCGUCUGCGUCAGCCAAGGACGCGGCCGUCAGCAUAGAGAUGAAGCACCAGAUGAUAGCCACGCAGAGGACCUUCGAGGAAACUGCCAAGACCUCCAAGCUCAGGGAGGAGAUGAUCAAGGAGAAGAUGGCCAUGCACACUGUGCAGUCUACUUCCUCUCCACUGUCCACGCCUACCAAAUCCACUGCCGUCACCACUAACACUCCAGUGGUGCCUGUGGGACUUAUCAAGUCUUCGUCUUAUAUAGCAUCGAGUCCGUCAUUGUCGGCGGAGCGAGAGCAGCACGAAGAGUGUAUUCUGCCCAAUGACGAUGGUUUCAUCAUUAGUGAUGCCACGCCCCUAGCCCCGCCCCCGGCACCGCCUGCCCCACUUCAGCCCACACCCACACCGCCCAAGUAUAAACCCAUCAUCUUGAACAACAUAGUAUGUAAACCAAUCAAGGCCUUGGAGGCACCGUUCAGAGUGACGGUCGGCAAGAGCAGUAGCACCACGUCUGGGACAGCGCCUAAAAUCAUUAUAAGGAAUUUCAAGUCGCCGCCGGUCGUAGUGUCGCACGUAGGCAAGGCGAGAGAUGAGCUCCUGCAGGCGGGCACGGGUGCCAGCAGCGCGGCCACAGCGCUCGUGCCCGACACUAUACUUCCCAAUGACGGCACCAUCUGCUUGGACAGCGACGACGAAGACAGUGCAGUUGCGGCGGCGGCCGCCGCCCACCCGGCCCCCGCGCCCGCGCCCGUGCCCGUGUCGCUCACCAGCGCGCAGGGCGUGGCGCUGCCGCUGCCGCGCCUCAGCUCGGCGCCGCCGCACGUGCGAGCGGCUAGGCCACAGACGAGCGUAGCUCAGCCGCAAAUGAGCUCCACGCCACUGCCGCAUUACAUCGCGUCACUGCCACAAAUGAGCCCUGCACCGCCGCAUUACAUCACUUCACUGCCACAAAUGAGCUCUGCACCGCCACAUUACAUCACUUCACUGCCACAAAUGAGCUCUGCGCCGGCGCAAGCAGUCACGACACUGCCGCAGCCAAGUGCGGCGCCUGGGCACUUGCUGCAGGGAAGCAAGCAACAGCUCAUCCUGCGGCAGGUGGGCACCUCCAGCGACGGGGAAGCCAAAUAUGUGCUCAUAGCUGCCGAUUCACUUCCUUUGCCUGUUCUUCCUAAAAAUACUGAACCUACUCCAAACCAAUCUUCAUUGGCCCCCGUCCAGUCGGCAACGUAUUCCACUCGUACGGACUCAGGAAAUACCACUCCCGAGAAAAAAGUAAAUACCUGCAAACCAGGUUCUAUAAUCCGAAUAACGAAAUCAGGAGCAGUCGAAAUAGUUAACCAAUCAAAGAACGACCAGCCGACCGAUACCAACAAGAAGAUACAACUUGACGGAGGACGCACUUCAGCAACAGCACCACUUAAAACAAUUCCAAUUGCUCCUAAACCCUCGGCUGUUACCUUACCAAAGAAGACUAAUCAGAUCGUUGACGGAACACCAUCGAUUGAUCUCACAAAUUCAAUUACUUCAGCUACUCCAAAGACAACUGUUCACAAUUCUGCAUCCAUUGACUUAACUUGUUUCGAUACACCAUCAUCAAUUACUCCGAAAACUUGCACGACCACCUCGAGUAAACCGGGCCCUAGUCUACAUAAGAGUCGCCAAUCCAGUAGUUCGAGCAGCAGUAACAGCUCCCGCGCCGCCAGUCCAGACAACCCUCUGUCCAUCCUAAAGGACGUCAUACAUAUCAAGGCUGCCGACUAUCCGGAAAAACCAUCCAAGCCAGAUCCACUAAACCAACAAAUAAAUCCUAUCUCGAGAAUACGUAAACAGCCCAACAUAUCUGUGGAGCACGUGGUUGCAGCCGACUCUAAGAGUAAAGUCGGACCUGCCGCGACUGCUGGUCACGUGAAGCUCACCCAAGUGCCCAAGGAUAAAGUUCCCAAGUACUUAACCGAAGCUGUCGAGAAAAAGUUGAAAAAGGAAAUGCUAAUGAAAAAAAUAAUGCCUUUGUUGGGUAAAGAUACACCAAAGAGUCCAAUCACCUCGAAUGUUCGUGAGAAAACUGUUGUAAGUUUUGAUAGUUUUGUUAAUGCAAGCAAAUUAUCAACUACUGCUAGUAAAUCGAAUACAAAAGUAUCUGAGAGCAAACCUACCACGUCACGCGCAGAGACUGUGGAUCUAACCAACAUAUCUGGGACAUCUGUGAAACCUAAAACUGAAGUCAAGAAACGGCAGUCGGCGUCUGUAACCGUCACUCCGGUUAAGAAGAAAAAACCUGCACCAAUGACGCUCAAGGAUUUCGAUUUGGACGACAUCGAUGAUAUCAUUGAACUGGAUUAAACUGCGGACUUCAUAAACCAAGACUAAACAAGACCCUAAAUUAACACUAAUAAAAUAUAUUUGUAUCGUAAAAAGGGUUACUGCCAUGUAACCCGUACUAUACAACCAUAAUAGAAAAAAAAGUAAUCUCAACAGGCACAAAAAAUGUGUACUUACUAAAAAUUGUUGUAUGAAUUCAUACUAUUUGUUCCAAUAGAGACACUAACACGUUAUGGCAGCUUAAAAUAAGCUAACAGCAUGUCUAAAUACUACAGUAACACUACAAUAUAUGAUUGCUAAUAAUUUCAAUGAGUAAAGGGAGAGGAAACAGUGUUAUCGAUAAUAAUUAUUUUUCUUUACAUGGUUGAUACUUUUUAACAACAUACUUUUCAUAGCUAAGUAUAAAAGGAAUUGCAAAGCAAGUUUCCUAAAAUUCGUGAUGGGUCAACACAUUAUUCUGAAUCAAGCAAUGUGUUUGUAACUGAAAUAAUACUGACUCGAAUAAGAGAUAUUCUACCUCUUCAAAACGUUUAUGAAGAUUUCAGGUAACAUUUACCUUUUGUCUUAUAUAACUUUUGUCAUUUGAAUUGGUUUGAUUAUAAUUAUCUACCAUUAAAUAAAUUAUAUUAAAAUCUUGAGUUCAUUUACAACAAAUUGUUUAAUGACUAGUAUAGCUACUUCAGUAGUAUAAUUUUCUACUAAAAUAUUUUGCUAAAGCAAAAGAUAUGUAUAGUUAAUCUUUCUACUGUUUGUUUCACAUAAAUGAUUUGGCUCAUUUAUUGAUUGAUUGCACAUGAUACAAUGGUUGUUCAGGUUUAGGAGGUGCACGCAAAACUCAGUCCGUCUUACCACAAAAACUUUUUAACGUCAGUUUAAGACUUGUCCAAAAAAAUGUCAAAUUAUGACGUUGACAUAUGGUUCAUUUUGGAGCCAUAUUUUUUUUAGUCAAGUGUAAAACAGUGGUUAAAGUUUUUGUAGUAAGGCCAAGUAAGUUUUACGUUUAUUUUGACUGAAAUUCAUACUAUUUGUGAUGUAAAUUUCUCACAAUAUUUGGAAAUUCUUGUUAACAUAAGUGUUGUGGUAAAAAAUUUCUAAAUAUCUCAUCUGUUAGUGUUGCCACUAAAUCAAAAGUGCUAUUUGAUGUUCAUAGUUCCAACUGGCAGAGGUUAAGUACAGUUGUGUCUACGUUCUGAUUGUGAUAAAUUUGUUUCUUUUACCUGUGAGAAUAUGAUUGUGUGUCCUAUUUGAUUUAUAUUAAUGGCAGAGUAAAACAUAACUUAGAUGUUAGUGUAAGUAUUAUCGUGUAGGGGUAAACAUUACGUCUUUAAGGACUUUAUAUUUAAAUAUGAACACAGAAAUAAUACAUCCGUAUCUCAGGUUCAGAUUUCAUUUAUAUUUUCUGUAAAUCGAUUAAAAGAUUAAGUUUUGUGUAUUUUAUUUAGGGAUAUGCUUGACCAUGUGCCUCAUAUUGAAUUCAGACUCAGCUUUUAGUUAUAUGAGCCAUUGGUACAUGGGCUAUAACUGAGUUCAAUAUGGCCUCAGAGCAAUAAUCAUUCACAUGUCACACGUGUUUGAAUGCAUCUCAAUUUAAUUUAGUGAUAACCACAUUUUAUUUUUAAUCUCCUGGCAAAGAAAUGCUAUGUUACGUUUUAUAAAUAACUAGAUGUAAGCUAACAAAUAAAUAGAAACGAAUUA